AUGAAGUACUCAAUUGCCGUCGCAGCUCUCCUUGUAAGCUCGGCUGUUGCAGCACCAACAACGAAGCUCAACGCCAAGCAAAGACUUGCUCAGCGAAACAAGAACGCUGCUCGUUCUGAAUACUAUAAUGAGAGCUGGUCCGGUGCCGUUCUUACUGGUGCUGUUUAUACUGGUGUUUCUGCUUCUUUUUCGAUACCCAAGCCACAGAUUGGUACUACAGGAGAGACCUCAGCAUCAGAUUUCACGGCUUCUACCUGGGUUGGUAUUGAUGGAUACAAUUGUAACAACCUCUGGCAAGCGGGAGUUGAUGCCACAAUUGAGAAAUCGACGGGUGAAGUUUCAUACUAUGCUUGGUAUGAAUGGUACCCCGCCGCAACUCAAGUCAUUGAUUUAGGUACUCUCACAGCUGAAGAUGUUAUCUCCGUAAAUAUCACCACUAGUGGCCUCAAUCAAGGAACCGUUGUUAUGAAAAAUAAAUCCACAGGAAAAUCAUACACCAAGACCGUUUCCUCGGCGAAUACUUUGUGUGGUGUUAGUGCUGAAUGGAUCAUGGAGGAUUUGAGCGUUGAUUCUAGCACUAUCGGUCUCGCAAACUAUGGAAGCGUUGUUUUCUCCGACGCAGUCGCUACUACUGCUUCCAAAACGGUCACACCAUCUGGCGCGGUAAUUUUGGAUAUUGAGACUAGCUCGAAUACUGUCCUAACGAAGUCUAGUGUUACUGAUAAGUCGGUAACCAUUGCUUAUGUUUAG